UUAGUAGCAGCAGUCAGCGGUAGGCAGCAGCAGGUACAGAGUGCUGAAAUUCCACGUGCUCAACGCUGAUGACAGAGCCUUGGGGCAGCAGUUUGUUAUUUGUUCGUUAUUAGAAAGAACACUUGUGAACAAGAAAGCGAUGUCGUUGGAUUGUUUUACAUACUACCACUUUUUGCAUUGCAUUUUGUAGCAGUUGGCAGCAACAACAACAACAACAACAACCAGGAGUGAUAAACGAGUGUAAGGAUGUUGUGUUGAAGUGGUGCUCCGGGUGAGAUGUGAAAAAUUGCAUUUGGGAAGACAAUUGCACCGAAACCGAGAACGAUAGUGAGUGCAAGAUAACCGGUUUUGUUUGAAAGAUCUAUAGAAAGUGUGUCCAAGGAAGAAAUCCUGCAUCAGGAUGGCUGCCUCUACAGGAAAUUCCAUUGAGAUUGGCCAGUCAGAACAGGAGCUGGUAGGUUCAAAGAAACGAAACACCAAGAAAUAUCUACUGCUAGCUGGUGGAGCGGCAAUAGUGCUGGCCGUGGUGAUUACACUCGUAGUAGUGCUAACCGGAGACGAUGAUGCAAGCAAGAAUGGCGAUAACAGUCCGAUAGUGUCCAGUGGAAAUCCGAUUACGUUGGAGGAUUUCCUGACCGGUAAACUGUCGGCACGUAGUUUCACCGGUUCGUGGUCUCCAAGCGGGAAGGUGAUAUCGCGUGAUGAUAUAGGACGGGUGCUGGCAUACGAUCCGGUAACCAACGAGACCAAGACACUAUUGGAUGAGUCGCAUGAAAUACUACUGCAGGGAUUCAAGUUUGAUCUGUCGGCUGAUGAGCGGUACCUAUUGGUGGCUCGAGGGUACAGCAAGAUCUUCCGGCAUAGCUUCCUGGCGGUGUAUGACAUUGUGGAUCUGCAGCAGAAUAAAGUCAUUCCGCUCAAUAUCAAUGGCGAGAGAAGAGCACUCAACGUGGUGGAAUGGAGUCCAGUGGGCAACUCGUUCGUCUUCGUAUUCCUGAACAAUCUCUACUACAAGGCAUCACCCGACGCCAAAGAGGUUCAGAUAACAACCGAUGGUGAAGCUAGCACCUACAAUGGUAUCCCGGAUUGGGUCUACGAAGAGGAAGUUUUCUCCACGAACCUUGCCACAUGGUUUUCUCCAGAUGGUCAAAAGAUUGCAUUUAUUAGGUUUAACGAUACCAAUACGAGACUGAUGAAGAUACCCAUCUACGGACCACCUGGGCAUCCGGAGUUCCAAUAUCCACACGAGCUGGCUUUGCACUAUCCAAAAGCUGGAACGCCCAACCCCACUGUAAAUCUUUAUCAGGUGAAUAUAGCCAAUCCAACGGUCAAGGUUGAAAUUAUGCCUCCAGCUGCAUUGGUGACACCGGAUAUGGAUCACAUCAUUACGUCCGUCGGUUGGGCCAAUAACGGUCGAUUGGUCUCGAUCUGGAAGAAUCGCGUCCAAAAUCACGCGAUCAUUAAGUCGUGCGAUGAAAACCACAACUGCGGAGAAGUUCAUGAAAUCCGUGCUGACGGAGGAUGGUUGGAACUGUUCAGCGCCCCAGUGUUCAACAAGGAUGGAUCUCAGUUUGUGAUAAUAAGUUCACAAAAUCAGACUGAUGCCGGAGGCUAUCACCAUAUUACCAUGAUCUCAACUCAGACUAGAAGUACCAUGGCAUUCACCAGUGGCAAGUACGUCGUUCAGGAAAUUCUGAUGUGGGAGCCGGAGACCAACCUGAUAUUCUUCGCUGCUAAUACGGAGGAAGACUCGCAUGUGAUGCAUAUAUUUGCAGUGCAGGGACAUGCUGAUGCUAAACCGAUGUGUUUGACGUGUACGGUAGGAUCGAGUCCGAAGCAGUCAUACUUCAAUGCACAGAUGAGCAAAAAGGGUAACUACAUUGUCCUGGAAGCGAAGGGUCCGGGUGUACCUUGGGCGGAGAUGUUUGAGUGGAGUUUUGCGAAAGAUGCUGUCACUUUGAAACCAGUUAAAACAUUGGAAACAAACAGUGAUCUCCGUGCUCGCUUGGAAGACAAAUCACUUCCAACCGUUGAGUACCAUGAAAUCGACUUGGAUAAUGGAUUCACUUCCAAGGUGAUGCUGCUAAUUCCACCUGGUGCCGAUCGAAGUGGUAAGGUUAAAUAUCCGCUAUUGGUGGACGUUUACGGAGGACCAAAUUCAUACUCGGUAAUCAGUUCCUGGUCGAUUGGUUGGGGUCAUCACAUGAGUUCGAACCGUUCGGUGAUCUACGCUAAGAUCGAUGGUCGAGGAUCGGGUCUGCGAGGUGAUAAACUACUGUUCCAGAUCUAUCGUAACUUGGGAACGGUUGAAAUUGAAGAUCAGAUCACGACGGCGAAGAAGCUGUCGGAAAAGUUGCCGUUUAUUGAUCCCGCCCGGGCUGCAAUCUGGGGUUGGAGCUACGGAGGUUACGCGUCGGCGAUGGCCCUGGCAAAGGAUACUCAAAACGUGUUCAAAUGCGCCGUUUCCGUGGCACCCGUUACCGAUUGGACUUUCUACGAUUCCAUCUACACCGAGCGAUACAUGGGACUGCCGACGUCCACGGACAACAAGCCAGGCUACGAACAGUCACGGUUGACGGCAUUGUAUGAGAAGUUCCGGAAUCGAAAAUACAUGUUGAUCCACGGAACCUUCGACGACAAUGUUCACUUCCAGCAAGCUAUGCAGCUAACAAGAGCCUUGGAAACCCAUGAUAUUAUGUUCAAACAAGUGAGCUACCCAGACGAGGAUCACAGCCUUGCCGGAGUACGACCACAUCUUUAUCACACUCUGGGCCGAUUCUUUAGCGAGUGUUGUGACCUGCGAGACUAGCACGGACUUCUGGUCGAAGACGGCGAGCAGCAUACGUACUUCAUACCGAUGGGAAAUGAUUCGUUCGUCCCGAAUGACUUAUCCAGCCCCCUGCAGGAGAUUCUGCUGCAGCAAGCCAGCAACAAUGGCAGCAUGUCCGUCUUGUAAAUAGUAUAAAUAGAAGUCCCAUCGUACAUACCUAGCUGGCUGUAAAUAAGAGGGUUUGGUUCUUAUUCCGAUUGGAAUUAAAUGUUCUCUAGCAAACCCAUGGUGUGUACAUAAGAGCUAUCAGGAUAGUGUUUGUGAUACACGAUCUUCAACCAAUUUUUACAGCACAUGAAACAGAAAGCCACGUAAUAAGCCAAGUUUUAGAUUACAAAAAGACUAGUCAGUAUUCAGAAAAAAAUGACCUGUAAAGUUUUCCAUAUUUUGUUUCCUGCUAUAUACAGUUACGGAUGAUAAGCUAUAGUGUUUCUGUUUUUAAUCAAAUUUGGAUGUUCUUUGGAGUGGAGUUAAGAAUGAAUGUUUUACUACUAGAAUGAGCUGUGUUAAAUGAUAGGUCACCAAUUGUAGCAUGUUAUUUAAAUGUUGAUAAAUAAACAAUUUUUAUAAGUA